AUGGCCAUCCGCUCUUUUCUUUUCGCCAUCGCGGCGACGACGCUCGCUUCGGCCCAGAUCACCGUUGACGUGACCGAGACGCAUCAGGCCAUCCGGGGCCUCGGCUACUCCGAGGCUUUUCAACGAUCUCAAUGGGUCUACAACAACAUGUCGGAAGAGAGGCAGCAGGAGAUGUUCGACCUCUUGCAUGACCCGGUAACGGGUGCUGGCUUCUCGAUUCUGCGUAUCGGUAUCGGGUCAUCUGCCAACAACUCCAGGGACUGGAUGAAGAGCAUUCAACCAGAGUCCCCCGGGUCCCCGGAUUCGGAGCCGACUUAUAUUUGGGACCGAAAUGACUCCUCGCAGGUGUGGUGGGCAAAGGAGGUGCAGAAGAGAGGCGUCAACCUCUUCUACGCCAACUCAUGGGGAGCAGACGCCUACAUGAAGGAUACUGGAAAUACCGACAACGGUGGCUUACUCUGUGGCGUGACCAACACGUCCUGUGAGACGGGUGAUUGGCGCGAGCAGUACGCAAAUAAGCUCGUCCAGUGGAUCAAGUACUAUGCAGAGGAAGGCAUCAAUAUCACACACCUGAACCCGCUGAACGAACCAGAUAUCGCGGUUCCGUACGCGUCGAUGCAGGCGGACGGCCAGCAGACCACCGACAUCCUGGAGAAGCUUGCACCCGCGGUUGCCGACGCCGGUCUGGAUGUCAAGAUCACCUGCUGCGACUGGGCCGGCUGGGAGGAUGGCCGGAAGAUCCUGAGCGGGAUCCAGGAGACCGGCGGCGAGCAGUACCUCAAUGUGGUCUCGGGGCACGGAUACGGACAGCCGCUCUCAGAGCCGUACGACACACCCCUCGAGGUUUGGCAGGGCGAGUGGGCCGAGCUUUCGAGCUACUUUGACCAGCCGUGGUACUCUGCCGCCGGCGAUCCGAAGGGCACGUACGGAGGAGGCGAAGGACUUACCUGGGCGAACAGGAUUCUUCACGGUUUCACUGUCUCCAAUGUCUCGGCUUUCCUCAACUGGAUGGGAGCUCAGCCAUCGAAUGCCGCAACUCCCGUGAUCAGGACCAUUAAUGAUACGAACAUCCUUUCUAAGCGUUACUGGGCAUAUGCCGCCUUUGGACGAUAUGCCCGUCAGGACUCAUCCAGAGUGACAGCAACGUCCACCACCGACAAUGUAACAGUAGCGGCAUGGGUGCCCCAAUCGGCGUCAUUCCCUGCGGGCGGAAACUUGGCCAUGCAAAUCAUCAACAACGCCGACGAGGAAAAGACCGUCCCCAUCACCAUUGACCAGCUCGCGGAAAUCUCCAACUACACCGCUCUCUUGCUGAACAACGACUUCGAUCUGGCCGAGAGUGAUUCAGUCAUUGCGGCCAACGGGACUAUUGUCACGGCUACCAUACCUGCCCGUUCACUUGUAGUUCUUGCUAUGACUGCUGUUUGGCCGGAUGAUAUGGUUGUGAACGCUCAGUCCAAGGAGAACAAUGCCUCUAAGCUGCUAGGCAUUAGCCUGCCGACAUCUGGAGGUUCAUUGGGCCUAUGGAUAUUCACUACUGCUAUGGUAUUCAUGGCGCUAUAA